CAUCAGUCUCUACCUGAACUGUUCAACGUUCAUCAAUUGAUACCCCAAGCAUCAACCAUGAUAUCCUCAACAACGAAUUCUAGCCCCCCGCUCCCCUACCGCAUCAUCCCCGCGCACACCCCCGAGCAUCUCUCCGCCAUACGCUCGCUCUUCCGCGCCUACGUCGAAUGGCUGAACAUCGACCUCACCUUCCAGGAUUUCGAGACCGAGCUCAACUCCCUUCCGGGUAAAUACGGUGCCGCGUACGGAGGAGACCUUCUCCUGGCCUACGGCAGCACAACAGAAGAGCACAACAUUCCUCUGGGCUGCGUAGCUCUCCGUCCUCUCACUCUACGAUCACAAUUCCUAGAUCCUAGUCAUGGUGGUGAUGAUGACCAUAAUACACCGGAGAUCAAGUACUGUGAGAUGAAAAGGCUGUAUGUCUCCCCAGAGGCACGGAGGAUGGGGUUGGGGAAGGCGUUGGUGGAGGCGGUGGUGCAGCGGGCCAGGGAGCUGGGGUAUCAAGCCAUGAGACUCGACACGUUGCGGACGAUGGAGGGGCCGUUGAGGUUGUAUCGGGCCGCGGGGUUUGUGGACGUCGGGCCGUAUUAUGAGACGCCUUUGGUGGAGGAGACGGUGUUUUUGGGGUUGAAGUUGAAGGGGACGGAGUGAUGUAGAUUGUGGUGGUGUUGUGGUGGUUAUUGUUGGCCUCUGCGAAUUGGCCGAGUCCGAUCGCCGGGGUGGGGUUCUUCAGGGUCACUCGGUGGACUGUCUCAAAGAGAGCAAAAAGA